AUGAGCGAUGAGGAUGUGAUCAACUGCACCAUCAGCCACGAGAUCCACCAGUACCUGUUCUCCUGCGUCUACAUUCUGGUCCUGCUGAUCGGCGUGCCUUCCAACCUGUACUCUCUGUAUCACGCGGUGCUGCAGCUGAAGCAGAAGAACGAGCUGGGAGUGUAUCUGCUGAACCUCACCGUGUCGGACCUGCUCUACCUGGCAUCGCUGCCCCUGUGGCUGCAGUACAUAUUCCAGGACGAUGAUUGGCGACACAGGGAGUGGUUGUGUCAGCUCUGCGGUUUCCUGCUCUACGAGAACAUCUACAUCAGCAUCGGGUUCCUCUGCUGCAUCAGCCUGGACCGCUACCUCGCCGUGGUCCACCCCCUCAGGUUCACCUCUCUGCGGUCCAUGCACGCAGCCUGGCUCGUCAGCGCCGUCAUCUGGCUGAAGGAGAUUGCGGUGGGAGCGGUUUUCUUCCGACACAAAGAACUGAGCAAAGACCGAAAGAACCAGUCGGUGUGUUUUGAGCACUACCCCAUGCAGCCCUGGGAGUACCCCAUCAACUACUACCGCUUUGUGGUGGGCUUCAGCCUCCCAUUGGCCAUCCUGCUGAUCUCGUACCUGUGUGUCCUCCGUGCAGUGGGACGCAGCGCUGGAACACUCCCGGAUCAGAAGUCCAGGAUCCGGCAGCUCGUCAGCAGCACCAUCCUCAUCUUCCUCACCUGCUUCUCUCCGUACCACGUCUUUCUUCUGGUGCGCACCUUACUGGAGAGAGACUGCAACUUUAUCACAGAAAUCUUCAACUACUACCACAUGUCCCUGCUGCUGACCAGUCUGAACUGCGUGGCCGACCCGGCGCUGUAUUGUUUCGUGAGCGAGAGCGCGCGCCGCGGUCUUUACAAGGCCUUGCUCCGCCCCAUGUCCAAGGUCAUCUGCUGCUGCUGCCGGCGAGGAAAGGCCAGCCCAGGCAACCACGCCACGGAGUCCCACGAGGUUCCCACGGACGAACACAAUGGCCAUCCCACGGUCACGCUGCUCACGCACACCAGCAUGGCAAACAGCAUGACGAAAGCAGAUAGUCUUAUCAUGCAUACGAUUUUAAUCACGCAACACGAUGGGAAGACUCUGAUUCCAUUGACUGCGCAGAGUAACUGUGUGUCUAAUGGGGAAGGAAAGAAUAAAUGUGAGGUUUGA